AUGAAGCAGUGGCCAUUGCCUCGUGAAGAGGUAACAGUGAUCAACAACUUCUUUGCCGAUCGAUUAGCGGCUGGUCAUGUGAGGGAAUCAACAUCCCCACACAGCUCUCCGACCUUCCGUGUGCGAAAGGCCACAGGAGGGUGGCGGAUAGUACACGCGUUCAACAAACUGAACGCUGCAAAGGUACCGGCUCGGACGCCGAUCCCAAGGAAGGACGUCAUCAUUGAUGGUAUGUCAAAGAGUACCAUCUUUUCGUCCAUGGAUUUGAUGGAUGGCUUCUAUCAGAUCCUCAUGCGUGAACGGGAUAUCCCGUACACAGCAGUGAGCACCCCCAGUGGUAUGCUCUGGGAGUGGCUAGUGAUGCCACAGGGGCUUAGCAAGUCCCCUGCAACGUUCAACAGAUGUGUUACGGAUCUGUUGCGAUCCGUGCGAGAUUUUGCACCGAGUUAUUUCGAUAAUGUCUUCGUCCAUAGCCGGGCUAUGGAUGGAAAGACGGACGUGGAGAAGUGUAUAUUCGCAGCGAACGAAAUACCACUUCUUAACUUUAUCGUGGGUAAAAACGGCGUAUGUCCCGAUCCGGAAAAGAUCAAGGCGAUUAGCGACCGGCCUGUGCCAGUCGACGUCAAGGGACUUCUAAAGUUCCUUGGCUUGGCGGCGUACUUGCAUAAACACUCGCGAAACUACACCGAAAUGACCGUACAUCUCUCGUCUGUUAAAGAAAAACGAGAGGUGGUCAUGGAGUGCUGA